ACCGUACUAUGCUUACGUCGCACGGGACUGACCCAAGACGAAAGGAGUUGAGAUUCUGAUGUAAUGAUUAACAGAGCACAAUGAGGAGACUGAAUAGAAAGGAAACAUUGAAGGUUGUUAAAGAAUUGGACGCUUUCCCCAAAAUACCAGAGGAUUAUGUCCAGACAACAUCUGCUGGAGGAACAGUAUCAAUCCUGACUUUCAUGAUGAUCGCUGGUCUUGUGGUCUCAGAAUUCAUGUAUUAUUUCGACUCUAGAAUGAAGUACAGUUAUGAUGUGGAUAAUGACUUCAACACAAAACUACAGAUCAAUAUCGACAUUACUGUGGCGAUGAAAUGUGACUAUAUAGGAGCAGAUGUAUUAGAUUCAGCAGGAGAUUCGGCCAUGUUUAAAUUCAGUGGAAGAUUAAAAGAGGAACCUACAACUUUUGAGAUGACUCCAGAACAAAAAUCUUGGCAUAGGACAUUACAGACUGUUAGAAAGGCUUUAAGCGAAGAACAUGCUAUACAAGAUUUAUUAUUUCAAACAGGAUUUAGUAGUAAACAAUCACAGCCAAGGAAGGUUGAUACAGGCAAAAGACCUGAUGCAUGUAGGUUAUAUGGCUCACUCACAACAAAUAAGGUUUCUGGUAAUUUUCAUGUAACAAUUGGUAAAAGUAUACCCCACCCUCGAGGCCACGCCCAUCUAGCACUUAUGAUAGAUCCAAGUAAUUAUAAUUUUUCUCAUCGGAUAGAUCAUUUUUCAUACGGUACUCCUGUACCUGGUAUAGUGAACCCAUUAGAUGGAGAUCUCAAGGUUACUAAUGAAACUCUUCAAAUCUACCAGUAUUUUAUUCAGAUUGUACCAACUAAAGUCAAAACAAGAGCAGCUAAGGCUGAUACACACCAGUAUGCCGUCACUGAACGGGAGCGUGCUAUAAACCAUGGUGCAGGUAGCCAUGGGAUUGCAGGGAUAUUCUUUAAAUAUGAGUUAUCAUCUCUUGUCAUCUCAGUAGAAGAAGUUUAUGAUCCUUUCUGGAAACUUCUUGUUAGACUCUGUGGUAUUGUGGGUGGUGUUUUUGCUACAUCAGGUAUUAUCAAUAGUUUGAUGGGUUUUCUUAUGGAUGUAAUAUGUUGCAGAUUUAACAAAUUCAAAUCGGAAAAAUCAAAUCAGGCACCAUUACCAGGUCAUCAUUUAGAUAUCAAUCAAUCUCCUACUGCUCCUGGUAUCCUUCCAUCAUCAUCAGUUCUCAGUUGACAUGCUAGGCAAGGCUCUCUUCUUCAAGAGAUGGUAAUGCUAAUUGAUAAAUGUCAAGUCCACUUCAGAAAAUGUUGAUUUGAAUCAAUAGAGAAA